AUGGACGUGGUGGGUGGAGGCCCCUCUUCGAUAGUGACGGGAGGAGAAGCACCGACGGCUUCGGGUGGGGGGGCGACGACAGCCGGGAAAACCAUGAUUUCGGUGCCGAAAAACGCGAUCUUGGCGGAGAACGGGAGUGUUAUACCUUCGAGACGUUCGAGGAGCUCAAGGCCAGGAGAAGCGUCCCCGGCGGGGGUGGGGAAUCAAGUUCGGCGGUCAUCAGGAUGGGUGCUCCGGUGCAGACGUCCGGAGUUGGAGGCGAAAUCUUCACGGGCCAACGCCAAGAACAACAACAACAACGACCAGAAGUGCUGCCGCCGGAGCUGCAGCACCACCGCCAGCCUCAAGUCGACGGCCGCGACCGCGGAGGAGGCGGGUACGGUUCUUCUUUCAGCGUGGAAGAAGCCGUUUAUUUUCCUCCAGAAAGGAGUUGUUCCGGCGGGAAAAUCUGACAACGGAUGA